AAAGCCGAAGGUAGAAUAGCCAAAGAAAGAGAAGAGAGAGAGAAAUUGAGAAUUUGAUGAUUUUCAUUGCAGAGAAUUGAGAAUCCAAAGGACGACUUAAUUAACCAACUUCUCAAUUUCACUCACUUUCUCUCUCCUUUCCCCCCCUCUCUAUCUGUCUCUCUCUCUUUCUUUCUUCCCCCACCCUCCCAAUUCUUUCUUUCUUUCUUUCUUUCUCCUCUGUUUCUUUGAUUCACUGAAAUUUCUCUUCAUUUACAGCAGUUGCAGAAGUACUCUUUUAAACUGAUACAAAACUGAUACUUUAGCCCCCCAUAAAAUACAAAACCAAACUAGAUUUUGGAGAGAGAAAGUCAAUUUUUUUUUAAUACUUUUUUGUGUUUUUGAUUCAACCCAAUCAAAUUAUAAGAGGGGAGAAGUGGUUUUUUUUUUUCUAAUUUUAUUUUUUUGGGAUUAAUUUACUCCAAAUUGUUUUGGGGUUCCUCGUUCAUUUUGCCCAAUCAAAUAACCUCUGUUUCUCUCUCUCCCUCUCUCUCUCUUUAUCCAAUUCGUAAGUCCCGUCUUUUUCUCUCUUCCUUUCUAAAUAAUCCCUUUUUUUGAAUAUUUUUUAUAGAUUAUUUCCUCUCAAAUUGUGCAGAUCUAACCCAAUAGUCGUUCCUCAAAUGGGUUUUUCUAAUUGGGUUUUUCUACUGAUCUGAAUUUGAGAGAUCUGUUUGUUCUUUUUUUAAUUUCUAAUUGGGGUUUUUUAUUCUAAUUUGGUAUUUUUCAUUUUUAAUUGGGUUAUUUUCAUUGGAUUUUGUGGGUUUCUGUUUUUGUUGUUGUUAUUGCUGAAUCCCUAAAAAAGUUGGGAAAAGGAAGAAAGAAAGAAUCUGAAAGAUGUAAUUUUUGAUUUUGGGUACAGGAGAAAUGACGAAGUUUUGAGAAUUUGAAACGCUUGCAAAUUAAUCAGGGCACAUUUGGUUGUAUUGUUCCGCCCUUUCUGGAUCGUCGCUGAUUGGAUUCGGAUCGGUGCGUUUAAUUGGGGGGUUUCAGAUUAUAUCAUUGAUUUGAUCGAAGAAGUUUAGAUUUGAUUGGAAAUUGAAUUGAGUAAUUGAUUGGGGAUUGUAAUAGAUAAAAUAGAUUUCCUGCCCUCAUUGGAGGGUUGAAUUAGCUUAGAAAUGUUGGAGGGGAGAUCGUGCUUGGUUUCGAGGGCAUUACUAAGCUCCUGUGAGCAAGAUAAUAAGUGGACUUGCAUGAGUUAUCGGGUGGAGGUCGAAAUCUCCAAUGGCAAACGUCGAUUAGAGACUGAUCAUGAUGGGGAAGGAGGAUUAAGGAAAACAACUAAGUUAUUUGACACUGAGGAGAAGUCAAGAGCUCAAUUUGAUAAGCUUUCCUUGUCACGUUCCUCAGUGGUGAUUAAUCACUCUGAUAACCAACGUCAGAAUGGUGAUCAAUCUAAUAUGGAUUGCCUAAUUCAUUCUAUAGGGCGUGAUAUGACAAUUAAUUGUCUUCUUCGAUGCUCAAGGGCCGAGUAUGGUUCAAUUGGCUCUUUGAACCGGAGUUUCCGGUCUCUGGUUAAGGGUGGUGAGAUUUAUAGAUUAAGGCGGCAAUAUGAUGUGAUUGAGCAUUGGGUAUACUUUUCUUGUCGGCUCCUUGAAUGGGUAGCUUUUGAUCCAGCUAGUCGUCGUUGGAUGCAAUUACCUAGAAUGAAUUCUAACGAAUGCUUUAUGUGUUCUGAUAAAGAGUCCUUAGCUGUUGGGACUGAGCUUCUUGUUUUUGGGAAGGAUCUGAUGUCCCAUGUUAUUUAUAAAUAUAGUAUACUAACAAAUUCUUGGUCGUCUGGGAUGAAUAUGAGCUCUCCUAGGUGUUUGUUUGGGUCUGCAAGUCUUGGUGCCAUUGCCAUCAUAGCUGGUGGUUGUGAUUCGCAGGGAAACAUCCGUAGUUGUGCUGAGCUUUAUAAUUCGGAGACUGAAACAUUUGAGACACUUCCUAGUAUGAUUAAACCUAGGAAGAUGUGUUCAGGUGUUUUCAUGGAUGGGAAAUUCUAUGUAAUCGGUGGGAUUGGGGGACCUGAUGCGAAAGUGUUAACUUGUGGUGAGGAGUUUGAUCUUACCACAAGAACAUGGACAGAGAUUCCUAACAUGUCUCCUGGAAACCACGGGGAUGCACCUGAGAAUGAUAUGCCCGCUGCAGCCGAAGCUCCUCCGCUCGUGGCUGUUGUAAAUAACGAGCUGUAUGCUGCUGACUAUGCUGACAUGGAGGUUAAAAGGUACAAUAAAGAGACAAAGGAAUGGACAACGGUAGGAAGAUUGCCUGAAAGGGCUGGCUCAAUGAAUGGUUGGGGGCUAGCUUUUAAGGCAUGUGGUGAUCGGCUUAUUGUUAUUGGUGGACCGAGGGCUCACGGUGAAGGUAUCAUCGAGGUUAACUCUUGGGUACCUAGCGAAGGCCCUCCUCAUUGGGAGUUGCUUGGUACUAAGCAAUCUGGUAGCUUUGUUUAUAAUUGCGCAGUCAUGGGUUGCUGAAUGCUGAUGAUCAAAUUUCAAAUAUAGGGUUGGGUUUGGUGCCUUUGAGUUUGUUCAUCCCCCCCAAAGUGGUGCAUUUGCCAGAAAAAACCAUAGAUGUUGAAAGGGUUGCUAAUGGGGUAACUAUCUUGAUGCUUUUUCCCCCCUUCAUUUCCAUUUUGGUGGCGGGGGAGAAUACAGGGAGGAGUAAUUAGUUUCUGAUUUUACUACUACUCAAGAUUCAAAUUGAAUGUUUUUAGGAGGUUUUGGGGCUCUUUCCUCCCUUUUACUUUCACAUGAUGAAUAUUUUCUAUUCUUCUUCUCAUUGAAUUCUGGGCUUAACUUGGAGAUGAAAACUUCAACAGGUGUUUGUCAUUGUAGCACAGAAACAGGAAUUUUAAUAAUUUCAGGUACCCAUACAUUCAGUAGAUCUUUCACCAAUACUCGAUUUUUCUUUUUAGCUUUCCUAAGGUUCACAUAGUUUUUUUUUUUUUUUUUACAUCAAUUUCUCCAUCUUUGAUUUUUCAUGGCAUUGUCACAAAGGAGAAAAUAAGCUCCACAUUGUUUUUUAUAUAUCUUUUCACCUUCUUUUGUGCAAUUUGCGCGCUAUAUAAAUUUUUUCUUUCGCUUUCA